AUGACAAAAAUUGCAGGGACAGCCCCACAACAACAGCUAUCUGACGUAUAUUGGAAUUUCCUGGACUAUACAGGUUUGUUUCCUGUGGUUGUUGAUCGUGGUUUUCAUGACAAUAGCACAGCCAAAGACUGUGGCUCUAAUUUUAUUUCUAAUAAUGAUUCCAGCUGUGACUGUAAAGAAGGCUACCGGAAAAUGACAUCUUUGGAAACCAAUCAGACCAGUUGUGAGAAAAUUCCCUACUACCACUGCAAACGAGAUAUUGUAAGAGAAAAUGACUGUGUAAGGAUGUGUUUCAGUGCAACAAAACCAGAGAAUGUCUUGGAAGAAGAAGAACUAAACAUUAGUACUAAAUGCAAAGUAGAUGUUUUUACUGAUAACUUAAAUCUUAACAACAGUUUCUACUGCUCGGUGGCGAGGUCCACUUUCCAUCUGUUGGAAACCGUCUGUAAUGGCAGCUUGACAACAGCUUCCUUGCAGGACACAGUGGACUCCUUUGAAGAACUUGUUGUCAACAUUUCCCUGCGGAGUAUUGAAACAAAGGAGGAGCUUGUGUCAGUUGUGAUAUGGGGUCUGGAAGGACUAGGCUUAGCUGCAGUAGAAAAAGCUCUUGCAUCUCCAAAGAAACAAUCUCAGACUGUGGUUACUAACUCAGCAGUGAUUCAAACACGCAUCAUCAAUGAAGAGGACAUUUCAAAAAAUGAAACACUCCACUUAGAAGCUCAAAGAGACCAAAUGGCCAUUGAUCCCAGAGCACUGACUGACAAGACCACCCAAGGUCCUGUUGCUGUGGCUUUUAUGACAUACAGUGGGUUGGACUCACUCCUGAGUGGGACUUUUCUGCAGGAUGAGACUCUGCUGGGAAAAAGCUUCCACAUGAACUCCAAGGUGGUAAGCGCUUCUGCCAGUAGAUGGACGAGGAAUCUUUCCAGGCCUGUCAACCUCAUUCUUCAUCACCUAGAGAACAAAGUUCCCCAAGAGAAAGCUAUUUGUGUGCACUGGAACUCUGCAGGCAGAGAUGGUGCCUGGUCCCCUGAGGGCUGCCGGCACCUCCAUUCUAACACCACUCAUUCAGAAUGCAGCUGUCAGUACCUGUCCAGCUAUGCUGUGCUGAUGGCCCCCAUUCCUAAGCAGGGAGAUCUAAUCCUCUUCAUUAUCAGCUACAUUGGACUGAUCAUCUCACUCAUCUGCCUCUUCCUGACUAUUGUUACGUUUCUCUGUUGCCACUCCAUCCAGAACAGCAGCACAUUCAUCCACCUACAGCUGAGCAUCUGCCUCUUCUUUGCUGAUCUCUUCAUAAUUGGGAUAGACAAAACAUACAACAAGAUCCUGUGCUCGGUCAUAGCUGGAACACUGCAGUACCUCUUCCUGGCCUGUUUCAGGUGGAUGUUCUUGGAAGGUGUGAAUCUCUACGUCAUUGUCAAAAACCUGAAAGUGGCAAAUUAUAGUGGUGCCAGCAAGUGUAUGAAGAUAUCCAUGUAUCUUUCUGGCUAUGGGCUCCCUGCCAUGAUAGUAGCCAUUUCUGCAGCAAUUGCACCCAGGUCCUAUGGGACUCAUUAUCAUUGCUGGAUUAACCGUGAGAAGGGUUUUAUCUGGAGCUUCCUGGGACCUGUCUGUGCUAUAAUUGGGAUCAACAUAGUGUUUUUCUGCCUUACUCUGAAGAACUUGCAUGAGAAGCUUGCAUCUCUCAAUUCAGAGGUAACUACCCUCAGAAAUACUAGGUCCCUGACAUUUAAGGCAAUGGGCCAUGUGUUCAUCCUGGGCCUGACUUGGUGCCUGGGCCUCUUUCAGUUUGGCCCUCUGGCUGAUGUUAUGGCAUACCUGUUCACAAUCACCAACAGUGUGCAGGGAGUCUUCAUUUUCCUGGUGCACUGCUUGCUCAACAGAAAGGUGAGAGAAAUAUACUGGCGUUUGAUUUCUUGCAAGAAGGAUAUCCAGCCUCCUGUUUCUGAGAUGUCUGUGACUUCUGUCCCCAUCAGCUCUCCUUUGAAAAAUGAGGAAACUACUGCUUCAGGACAGCAACAGAAGGUGGAAUGGGAGGGAGAGGCAUAAUCAAAUAACCUGUUUUGGUCUCUUCCUCUUGUGUCCAAAAUACACAGAAUGAAGCUGGACUUGCUAUGGGAUUUUUUUUUUCAUAUCCAGGCAAUUAUUCCUUGUCUGGUUGACUCUCAUCUUUUUGAUGUACCAGGAAUCCAGAACCAUGGAGAUGCUGAUUUUUAAGUCCUUUCCUAUUGCAAUUAGAGCGCCAGUGUGGCAUAGUGGCUGGAGUGCUGGACAAUUACCUGGGAGACCACAGUUCGAAUCCCCACACAGCCAUGACCUCACUGGGUGACCUUGGGCCAGUCACUGCCUCUCAGCCUCAGAGGAAGGCAAUGGUAAACCACCUCUGAAUACCGCUUACCAUGAAAGCCCUAUUCAUAGGGUCACCGUAAGUCGGGAUCGACUUGAAGGCAGUCCAGUGUAGUGUAGUAUUGCAAUUAGCAUUUUCUCUUUGUAACUUAAAAAACAGUACACCAACCAUCUCCAAUAUUCCUCUUGCACAUUCCUUUUUUAGAUAAUAGAAUGUGUUCUCUCAACAAAGCAAUGGGCAUGAAUUGAACAUGCACAGAGGACACAUGGCUUUGUUUGUGGCUCUUCAAUAGGGCCUAUUGGCAAUAACUGUUUAUUUUAGGAAGCCCUGAACAAGGCUAGAUGAGUAGAUUCACUGUUGAGGUCAAAAGAGGCAAAUUAUCUGUACCCAGUCUCACAAUUAUGUGGGCACAGAAGACAAGUUCAGCUAAUAAUUUCACUUGCUGUUACUUGCUAUGAAAUACACACGCAUGCACACAAUCAUCUUUGAGUGGGCUGAGGUUGUUGUUGCUAACUUGAAAUGUGUAACUUCAGAACUAAAUGAGGACUGUGGGACGAUGUGUUUGGACUUCAGAGGUCCUUCUCCUUUAUCUAAUGAGCAAUUCAUCCAGCUCUUUUAGAAUGCCAGCUGUGAGGGACCAAUACACUUGUGGUGAGUCUACUUGGAAAAAGGCCAUUUUAGUCCAGGAUUCAAAUGUGUUUCAAUUUCAUUUAAUGUUAAUGGAUUAUUAUGAGAACCAACUGAUUAUGUACGCCACUUUUCAAAUCAUACUGGCCUACCUUAUGAGGUGGUUGUGAGGAUAAAGGUAAUGACAAUACAUGGAAAUAAUAUGAAAUGCAUGAAAUAAUGAAGACAUCAUCACCACUGUAUUUUCCAUUAUAUGCAGAAUUAGUUCAUGUUGCAGUCUGAUUUGUGAUGAGGAGCUUGUCUGGUGACAGACUGAACAGUACUUUGAGACAAUCUGAAGAUUCCUUCACUAAAAGAGUCACCCGUGUCCCACCCUGUAGAACAGGCUGCAUAAAUUGACCCUUAAAUAUGUUUCACCUUGUUAGAAUGUGAAAUGGAGAAGAGAGGAAAGGGAAAUAGCUUUUGCUCCAGAGAAACUAUGGGGGGAGUGAGAGGGCAUAGUCCUAUCCCCUCCACCCAGUUCAGGGGAUAAUGUUGGGGAGUUUGUGGCCCUCCAGUUGUUGCUGGACUAUAACUCCCAUCAACCCUGACCACUGGCUGUACUGGCUGGGGAUGAAGUCCAACAACACAUGGAAGGCCACAGGUUCCCCAUUCCUGCAUUAGGAGCAGCUAUAUCUCUGGCAAAUCUCCAGUUCUGUGCAUUGUAUUAUUGUACAGUAGUAGGUAUAUGUUAUUUAUAAGGCAUAAAAAAAAAUCUCAACAAAAUGCUUUUAUAGAACAUUAGUGUUCUUUUCUCCAUAACUUAAAUCUGAGUGAUUCUGAGAGUGGGACCUUGGACCUUGCCUUUUCCCACCUCACUCCCUCCUCCCUGACCCCUGAAAUGAUACCUCAGCUUCACUCUCAGUAAGUAUCGGCUUUUGCACAUGAAUAGCUGCAGAAAAAUAUAGCUGUGGAACAGUUUAUUCAUCUGAAACUCAUAAUUUUCAGAUCAUAUAUGCAAUAACAGUGUUUCUACCUACAGUUUUUUUCAAGAUGUCAGACAAUAUUACUUUUUAAAAGGACCCAGCUGGACUUGCUACUUAUUACCUCAAACACAUUGCUGUGAAGU